AUGAAAAAAGAAAAUAAAACGAAGAGGGAAAGUAGAGUAAUCAAGAACGAGAAGAAAGGUGUCCGACAUUAUUCGUAUUUCGAGUAUGCUGUGCUUAAGGUUUCAUCGACAGAGAAAAUCGAAGAUCAACAUUGUGCCAACAAAACAACAUGGACAGACAACAAAUAUCGGGGGGUGAGCUUACCAUUCCAUUACUAUGUAGGGACCCCAUUGUAG